AUGUACCCCGGAAGUGGUGCACCAGGAAGCGUUCCUCGUCGAGUGAACCCAAACCCAGUGAAUGUGGGUGUCGGCGGCGGCGGGGUUCCGAACGGCCCGCAGUCGGUCGGUGGCGUCGGGUCAUUGGGUCGCGGGGAUUUGAGACACAGCGACAUGCGCGACAUUCGCGGGAACAUCCCGAUUUCCUCGAUGGGUAUGGGCAACAACCCCAACGUAGGAGUUCAAAACGCGGGCCCCCAGCAAAUGUCGGGAGGCGGUGCGUCGCGCGUCGUGGAGAUGCUGGAGAGCGCGAAGAACGAGUUUGAAAGCGUGCUCCAGCAGCUGAACAUCAGCAAGAUCGAAAACAUGGAAUUGGAACGCAAGAUCACGGCGCAGGUGGCAGAGAUGGAUCAAAUCCAGCAAACCAUCAAGGCGUUGGAGCAGAACCAGCGCCGUAUUCGUCAGCAGUACGACGACGACAUCCUUCGGUUGCGUCGGCAGUUGGAAGGCGGCAAGAUGAUGCCGCCGACGCAGCAGCAGAAGCGGCCCCGCGACGACCCGAACGGCCAGCAGUCGAUGCCGCCGCUUCAAGUAAACACGGGGGGGCCUCCCAUGCUUCCGUCUCGAGGCCCGCGCGGCACGAGUCCAGUGCGUGUGGCUCCUGCGCCUCAGAUGGGCCGGCCUUCCGGCUUGGACGACCGUGACCGCCCUCGCUCGAUGCAACAACAGCACCCUGGUCCGUCGGACCGCAGCCAAGAGCGCCCCAUGCAGCCGCAGUCGUUGGCGCCAUUGGAAGGGUCACUGCAUACGCCGACGGGUCGCCGUGGUCCCAUCCCUGGGUUGUCCUCGCGCAACAACGAUCUGGACGGCCGGUCGGGUGACGACCUUCGAGACCGUCAGCAACUGACGGACCGAGACAACCUUGGCCACUCGAAGAGCGAGAGCCGGCGCAUGCAGAUGCCAGGCCCCCCUGGUCCUGCCAGCAGCAACAACAACAACAUGGGAGGCGAAGGGUCGGCAAACUCGUCGCCAGUGCUCAAGAAGAGCAAGUCCGCCAACAGCUCGGAGGGCAAGUCGUCGAAGAGCGGCCCCUCGAACGGUGGACUGUCGUCCAACCAACCGAGCCAUGUGUUGUCUGGAGGUGUCUUGUCGUCUGGGUCGGCCCAAGGACUGCCGCUGCCAUCGACUUCGCACAAGAUGCAUCAUUUGAGCAAAAUCAACUCGUCGGACAACGGUCCUGAUGCUUCGUCGUCGUCGAACAACAAUGGACCAACUACGCCCCCAGGCUCGUCGACUAGCGCCCCAUCGACGGGUGCGUCGACUCCGAACUUCAACAACGCGGCUGCCGCCAAGCAAAGCAAGGUCAAGUGGGCGUUGAAUUACACCAACUCCAACAAAGGUACGGGGGUUGCGGACACGGAGCGUCCCCAUGUCGAGAUGUUCCACACGUUGGACCACCAGAGCGUGGUAUGCUGCGUGCGGUUCUCGGCGGACGGGACAAAGUUGGCGUCUGGGUGCCACAAGACGGCCCAAGUUUUCGACGUGCAGACUGGAGCUCGUACGUUCUGGGUCCAACGGCCGGCCAUCAAGGAAGGCGCGGCGCAGGCAAACGAGGCCGAGGACGCGUACGUCCGUGCGGUGUGCUUUUCUCCGGACGGUACGAAGUUGGUGGCUGGCAUGCCCCAGAACACCAUUCGCAUUUGGGACAUGGCGUCGAACGAAGAGGCGCCACCGCUCAUCGGCCACGAGGCGGAGAUUUACUCGUUGGAUUACGUGGGCAACCACAUCGUAUCUGGGUCGGGGGAUCGAAAGGUGCGACUCUGGGACGCGCGUACGGGUCAGUGCCAAGCCAUUUUCGGCAACGAAAGCGGCGGACCGUCGGACGGCGUGACGAACGUGGCGCUGUCUCCCGACGGCCGUCUGUUGGCGGCUGCGUCUUUAGACAAGGUCGUGCGCAUCUGGGACACCCAAACCACGCAGCUGAUGGACCGGUGGAUCAUGAGUGGCUCAAAGGACCGGUCUGUGAUCUUUUGGGACCACCGAACGUCACGAUCGGUGUUAAGCGUCACUGGUUAUCGCAACUCGGUGAUCAACGUCCACUCGUCGCCGACGUCGCCGUACUUUGCCACGGGAAGCGGGGAUGCUUUUGCAUGCAUUUGGAAGUACCAGUAUCAAAGCAACAUCGCAUUCAACAUCAUGUACCCCGGAAGUGGUGCACCAGGAAGCGUUCCUCGUCGAGUGAACCCAAACCCAGUGAAUGUGGGUGUCGGCGGCGGCGGGGUUCCGAACGGCCCGCAGUCGGUCGGUGGCGUCGGGUCAUUGGGUCGCGGGGAUUUGAGACACAGCGACAUGCGCGACAUUCGCGGGAACAUCCCGAUUUCCUCGAUGGGUAUGGGCAACAACCCCAACGUAGGAGUUCAAAACGCGGGCCCCCAGCAAAUGUCGGGAGGCGGUGCGUCGCGCGUCGUGGAGAUGCUGGAGAGCGCGAAGAACGAGUUUGAAAGCGUGCUCCAGCAGCUGAACAUCAGCAAGAUCGAAAACAUGGAAUUGGAACGCAAGAUCACGGCGCAGGUGGCAGAGAUGGAUCAAAUCCAGCAAACCAUCAAGGCGUUGGAGCAGAACCAGCGCCGUAUUCGUCAGCAGUACGACGACGACAUCCUUCGGUUGCGUCGGCAGUUGGAAGGCGGCAAGAUGAUGCCGCCGACGCAGCAGCAGAAGCGGCCCCGCGACGACCCGAACGGCCAGCAGUCGAUGCCGCCGCUUCAAGUAAACACGGGGGGGCCUCCCAUGCUUCCGUCUCGAGGCCCGCGCGGCACGAGUCCAGUGCGUGUGGCUCCUGCGCCUCAGAUGGGCCGGCCUUCCGGCUUGGACGACCGUGACCGCCCUCGCUCGAUGCAACAACAGCACCCUGGUCCGUCGGACCGCAGCCAAGAGCGCCCCAUGCAGCCGCAGUCGUUGGCGCCAUUGGAAGGGUCACUGCAUACGCCGACGGGUCGCCGUGGUCCCAUCCCUGGGUUGUCCUCGCGCAACAACGAUCUGGACGGCCGGUCGGGUGACGACCUUCGAGACCGUCAGCAACUGACGGACCGAGACAACCUUGGCCACUCGAAGAGCGAGAGCCGGCGCAUGCAGAUGCCAGGCCCCCCUGGUCCUGCCAGCAGCAACAACAACAACAUGGGAGGCGAAGGGUCGGCAAACUCGUCGCCAGUGCUCAAGAAGAGCAAGUCCGCCAACAGCUCGGAGGGCAAGUCGUCGAAGAGCGGCCCCUCGAACGGUGGACUGUCGUCCAACCAACCGAGCCAUGUGUUGUCUGGAGGUGUCUUGUCGUCUGGGUCGGCCCAAGGACUGCCGCUGCCAUCGACUUCGCACAAGAUGCAUCAUUUGAGCAAAAUCAACUCGUCGGACAACGGUCCUGAUGCUUCGUCGUCGUCGAACAACAAUGGACCAACUACGCCCCCAGGCUCGUCGACUAGCGCCCCAUCGACGGGUGCGUCGACUCCGAACUUCAACAACGCGGCUGCCGCCAAGCAAAGCAAGGUCAAGUGGGCGUUGAAUUACACCAACUCCAACAAAGGUACGGGGGUUGCGGACACGGAGCGUCCCCAUGUCGAGAUGUUCCACACGUUGGACCACCAGAGCGUGGUAUGCUGCGUGCGGUUCUCGGCGGACGGGACAAAGUUGGCGUCUGGGUGCCACAAGACGGCCCAAGUUUUCGACGUGCAGACUGGAGCUCGUACGUUCUGGGUCCAACGGCCGGCCAUCAAGGAAGGCGCGGCGCAGGCAAACGAGGCCGAGGACGCGUACGUCCGUGCGGUGUGCUUUUCUCCGGACGGUACGAAGUUGGUGGCUGGCAUGCCCCAGAACACCAUUCGCAUUUGGGACAUGGCGUCGAACGAAGAGGCGCCACCGCUCAUCGGCCACGAGGCGGAGAUUUACUCGUUGGAUUACGUGGGCAACCACAUCGUAUCUGGGUCGGGGGAUCGAAAGGUGCGACUCUGGGACGCGCGUACGGGUCAGUGCCAAGCCAUUUUCGGCAACGAAAGCGGCGGACCGUCGGACGGCGUGACGAACGUGGCGCUGUCUCCCGACGGCCGUCUGUUGGCGGCUGCGUCUUUAGACAAGGUCGUGCGCAUCUGGGACACCCAAACCACGCAGCUGAUGGACCGGUUGGAAGCCCACACGGAUUCUGUGUACGCGUUGGCGUUUUCUCCUGACGGCAAGAACAUCAUCUCUGGCUCCUUGGACAAGAACAUCAUGUUGUGGGAUGUAUCUGCAUCUGGCCGCACUACGACUCGUCCUCGCAUGUUAUUUCAAGGCCACAAGGACUUCGUGUUGUCUGUCGCGUACACUCCUGAUGGACGGUGGAUCAUGAGUGGCUCAAAGGACCGGUCUGUGAUCUUUUGGGACCACCGCACGUCGCGGCCAGUGUUGACUGUAGGCGGCUAUCGCAACUCGGUGAUCAACGUCCACUCGUCGCCGACGUCGCCGUACUUUGCCACGGGAAGCGGUGAUUGCUUUGCCUGUAUCUGGAAGUAUCAGUGCCAAACCAUUUAA